UGCUGAAUGUUGCGAGUGAACGUUGGUAUUUCCCUUGGGUCGAACCAAAGAGAAGUUUGAUAGAAGAUGCUUUGCCAUAUAACUCGUCCAGAUUCUCUCGUGAUGGAGGUGGAAGUUGAUUCGAAGGCGAAUGGAGAGGACUGUCUAAAUAAGAUCUGUGAAAGACUGGGAAUAAUUGAGGUGGAUUAUUUUGGACUCCAGUUCACAGGAAGUAAAGGAGAGUGUUUGUGGCUUAAUUUGAGAAACAGAAUUUCACAACAGAUGGACAGCCUGUCUCCUUGCAGACUUAAGUUACGAGUGAAGUAUUUUGUGGAGCCCCAUCUCAUACUGCAAGAGCAAACAAGGCACCUGUUCCUGAUGCAUGUGAAGGAGGAGCUCUUUAGGGGAAGCCUGCGGCCAGACCGGGAUCAGGCCGUGGAACUCUGUGCUCUGCUGGCACAGGAAGAAUUUGGAGACCACGAUCAGAAUACUGUCAAAUACUGUUAUACCCAGCUCUGCGGUCAGGAACCCAGUACAACCACAAUGAACAAUAUUGUCCAGAGGCACAGAGAGCUGGAAGGGAUGAGCCAGGCUUCUGCUGAGUAUCAGGUCCUGCAGCUGGUCUCCUCACUGGAGAAUUAUGGCGUAGAGUGGCACUGGGCCAGGGAUGUGGAGGGACAGAGGCUUGCCAUCGGAGUCGGACCGGAGGGUGUGUUUAUCUGCAAGGAGGAUUUUAUACCCAUUGAAAGGAUCUUUUACCCAGUCAUUCAAAUGGCCACUCAAUCUGGAAAGAACGUUUAUGUGACUGUGACCAAGGAUAAUGGUGAUAGUGUGGCUCUCCUGUUUAAAUUUAUCAGCACCAGAGCCGCAAACGGGCUGUACCGGGCCAUCACGGAGAUCCACGCCUUCUACAGAUGUGACACGGUGGCAAAUGCCGUCAUGAUGCAGUACAGCCGCGACUUCAAGGGCCACCUGGCGUCCCUCUUUCUUAACGAGAGUAUCGACCUGGGCAAGAGGUACAUCUUCGACGUCCAGCGCACAUCUAAGGAGGUGUACGACCGUACCAGGCGGGCUCUGUUCACCGCGGGGGUUGGCGUGCCAGGCUGCGUGACCUCUCAGAGUGGAGAUAGUCCACCUCUCUCGCCCUUGAGGUCAGCGGCAGUGGAGGACGGGUGUGAGGGUUGCCAAGAGAGCCGCAUCCUGAGGGAGAAGCUCCAGAGACUGCAUGAAGCUCUCAUCUGUGCACUGUGCUGUGAGGAGGAGAUCAGCGCAGCCUUCUGCCCAUGUGGACACACGGUUUGCUGCCACAACUGUGCUUCCCAGUUACAGUGUUGCCCAGUGUGUCGGUCAGAGGUGGAUCACAUUCAGCAUGUCUACUUGCCCACUUGCGCCAAUCUCUUGGACAUGACAGUGCCAAACAAGAUCAGUUAUAGCAUCCGCAGUGGAGUGGCGUCGCACAACAUAAUCUCUGAGGAUUACACCAUCCAUGACAAGGCUUGCCAGGCUUAGAGGCAGAGCACUCCCUUGGUUUUGGUUGGAUUUAGCAUAGCGUAGCAUAACAGUUCUAUACUGUUCACACUGCUGGUCACGUUCAGGGUGUAAAUGAGUUGUGUCAGCCUCAGUGCAUUUAUGCUAAAUGUAACUCAUGUGGACUCAUCUUGGUUCUUGACAUAUCUUUACAGUGACCAUUAACACUGUCAGUAUGUUUAUUUUAUAUACUGUGUAUUGCCAAUUCUAUUUCUCAAAAUGAGGAUGCGUCUUUAUUUAUUUCUGUAUAAUAUAUGCAGUAUAUUUUAACAAAGCAGCAUCAGUUGACCUGAUGACGUUCACAGUGGAAUGUUUUAUAAGUAAACCUGUAAGGUACUUUUGUAAAAUCUGUUAACUUAUCUGAAACAAAAAACACAGAAUGCCUUAUUAGCCAGACACUCCGGGCCAAAUACAUCCUUUCACUUUUUCUUACAUGUUUCUCAUAUCAAGGUGCAUACAAAUAUUUCAAUUUUACCUGUAAUGUAUUUAACAGU